AUGCCUCUUUUGGGUACACCGAAUGGUUUCUUUGCCGAACAACUGGAUUUCAUCGCAGCUGCUCUGGUCAUUCUCGUCGUGCUGACAACUUGUUUUGGAAUGCAGAAGAGUGCCUGGCUGAACCUUGUCCUAACAGCUGUGAAUGUAGGGGUGUUGACACUUUUGUCGAUUUUUAUGUUGGUGUAUGCCAACCCCGACUUUCUCCUAUCUCCUCUUCCCGCAAACAUCACUUGGCAACCUCAACUCUCUCGAGUUGAUCUCACCACAUUCCUUCCUUAUGGAAUGGCUGGUCUAAUUGCUGGUACGGCAACAUGUUUCAACGCUUUCAUCGGCUUCGAUAUGAUGUCCAUGUGUGCCGAAGAAGUAAAGGAUCCAGGAAAGAGCAUUCCACGUGCAAACAUUAUUUCUGUCGGGAUUGUAACACUUCUCUUAAGCACAUCAACUCUAGCGCUGCUGAUGUAUGUUCCUUGGUACAUGCUAGAUGUGGGAGCCCCAUUUUUGGUAGCGAUGGAAACUGGGCCGGGAGAUUCGGUUAGCAGGUCAGUUCUCUUCUAUUUUGUUGGUGUCGGAUGUUUGAUUGGAAUGUUCUCGAACCUCCUGACAAGUUCUCUUGGCGCGCCGAGAAUUCUCUAUGCUAUGGGGCAGGAUGGAUUGGUGUUUUCUAUAUUCUCAAAAGUUGUUGAGCCCUUCAAGACCCCCCUCAUGGCAAGUAUUCCUGUGGCCGGGAUAGCAGCUCUGUUGACCUUAAUCUUCAAUAUUUCCAGUUUGGCCGAGUUCAUGUGUCUCGGAACUCUGAUCGCCUACUCAAUGUGCUCUCUCGGAGUUAUCAUUCUUCGUUACUCUCCUGCACCUGAAAAACUGAUUGGUGCUGCUAAGAUCCCACAACCCUACGAGUAUAUAGAGGUGGAUGAAGAGAAAGCAGAACUGGAAAGAAAACUGUCUGGUGAAAUUGUAGUGAGUUUGUUUUAA